AUGCUGCAUUUGGCUUUGGAUGCUGUGUUGGUGGAUGUGUUGCAGCCUAAUGGAGUGAUUUUGGUACUCAAGUAUCAGGACUGCAAUUCUUGCGCAUUUUCUGUUACUGCAAGCUUGUAUUUGUUUAAACACAAUAAUAAUCACUCUCCUUACUCAAUCAACAACAGAUAUGCCACUAUAUCUAAUAAUUUUGAUGUUGUGAUUUGGGCUGUGGCUUCUAAAGAUUUGAAACUCGAGAAGAUUCAAGAGCAGAUUUGGGAAAAAAUUGGCAUUUCUGAUGAGAAAUGGAAAAAGAAAAGCUUCCGUGAGAAAGCGGAUGACAUAUCCUAUGUACUGAGCAGAAAGAAAUUUGUAUUAUUGUUAGAUGACAUAUGGCAGCGUGUUGACCUUGAAGAAAUUGGGGUUCCUUUUCCUACAAGACAAAACAGAUGCAAGAUAGUGUUCACAACACUCUCUUACAAAGUAGGCAGCCAAAUGAAAUCUAAAAAGAUGAUAGAAGUGAAACCUUUGGAUUGGGAAGAAGCUUGGGCAUUGUUUCAGAAGAAGGUUGGGGAUAUUGAUCUUGAUAUUUUUCCUCUGGCUCAAGAUGUUGCCAAAGAGUGUAGAGGAUUGCCAAUCGCUCUCAUUACCAUUGGUAGAGCCAUGGCCAGUAGAAUUACAAGGGAAGAAUGGAAGCAUGCUCUUAAGGCACUAAGAAGUUCUGCCUCAAGCCUACCAGUAAUGGAGGAUGAGGUAUUUCAAGAUAUGGAGGUUGAGGUAUUUGUACGAUUGAAAUUUAGUUAUGAUAGUCUGAGUAGUGAUAAAGUUAAAUCUUGUUUCUUAUAUUGUUCCUUGUUUCCAGAAGACUUUGAAAUUCCCAAACGUGAAUUGGUAGAUUAUUGGAUUUGUGAGAAUUAUGGUGAUCGCAAUGAAUCAUAUUCUAUAAUCGGUUCACUUGUUAGGGCAUGUUUAUUGGAAGAGCAAGGCUAA